AUGUACUUCCUGGUCCACCGGUUGUCCUUCGUGGACAUGGUCUUUGCUAACAUCACUGUCCCACAGAUGCUGGCCCACCUCCUCUCCACCAGCAAGGCCAUCCCCUUCACCAACUGUCUGGCCCAGCUCUUCUUCGCCCUGUUUGUUGGGCCCAUGGAGGGCUACCUGCUGGCCGCCAUGGCCUACGACCACUACGUGGCCAUCUUUGACCCACUGCACUAUGUCACACUGGUGAGCCAUGCCCUCUGCCUGCGUAUCAUCGUGGGGUCGGGAAUCGUGGUGCCCGGGAGCACCUUGCUCAACAUUGUGCUCAUGGCGCACCUCAUCGUCUGCUCCCAUGGCAUCCUGCAAUUCUUCUGUGACAUCACGCACAUGCUCCAGCUCUACUGCAGCCACGCCUUCCUUAAUGAGAUGCUCAACUUUACCGAGGGCAAGCGCAUGUACCUGCGCCCUGCAGCGAGUGCCUCUGAGGGCCGGGAGUGUCAGGGGACCAUCUUCUACACCCUGGUCAUGCCCAUGCUCAACCCUCUCAUCUACAGCCUGAGGAACCACGAGGUCCAGGGCGCCCUAAGGAGGCUGACCUCCAAGAAGGCAGCUUCCAGCAUCUAG